GGCAACGCAACGAUGAGCAGCGGAUUCCGUUUCUUGUCGCUGGUGCGACCAUUUAUGUCGGUCCUCCCCGAGGUCUCGGCGCCCGAGCGCAAGGUGCCUUUCCAAUCGAGGAUGGCGUGGACAGCCAUCGUGCUGGCCAUCUUUCUUGUCGCCUCGCAGAUUCCCCUGUACGGCAUCAUGUCGUCUGACUCGUCAGACCCCCUCUACUGGAUGCGUGUCAUCCUGGCGUCAAACAGAGGUACGCUCAUGGAGCUGGGAAUCUCACCCAUCGUCACCUCGGGCAUGAUCAUGCAGCUCCUUGCUGGAGCCAACCUAGUCGAGGUUGACUUCAGCCUCAAGGAGGACAGAGCCCUCUUCGGUGGUGCACAGAAGCUGUUUGCCCUCAUCAUCUCUCUUGGGCAAGCUACCGUGUACGUUUUGACGGGGCUCUAUGGCCAGCCAAAGGAUCUCGGCGCCGGUGUAUGCUUGCUCCUAAUCCUUCAGCUCGUCGUUGCUGGUCUCAUCGUCAUUCUCCUCGACGAGCUCUUGCAAAAGGGAUACGGUCUUGGUUCGGGAAUUUCGCUCUUCAUUGCCACCAACAUCUGCGAAUCGAUUGUGUGGAAGGCCUUCUCGCCCACGACGAUCAACACCGGUCGCGGGCCGGAGUUCGAGGGUGCCCUUGUCGCCCUCUUCCACCUCCUGUUCACCUGGAACGAUAAGACGCGAGCUCUCAAGGAGGCCUUCUACCGCGAGCGUCUGCCCAAUGUGAUGAACCUGGUGGCAACUCUCGUCGUCUUCCUCGUCGUCAUCUACCUUCAAGGCUUCCGAAUCGAGAUUCCCGUCAAGUCGAACCGAUUCCGAGGCCAGCGUGGCACGUACCCCGUCAAGCUCUUCUACACGUCCAACAUGCCCAUCAUGCUCGAGUCGGCCCUCACCUCUAACGUCUUCAUCAUCUCGCAGAUGCUCGCCACGCGCUUCCCCACAAACCUUUUCGUUCGACUCUUGGGCGUGUGGGAGCCGCUCGAAGACAGCCCUCAGCUGCACGCCAUCAGCGGCGUUUCCUACUACAUGAGCCCUCCGCACACACUCAAGGAAGUUGUUCGGGAUCCGGUUCACACAGCCGUCUACAUUGCCUUCACUCUCACCGCCUGCGCCCUCUUCUCCAAGACCUGGAUCGAGGUCUCUGGCUCAGGCCCCCGCGACGUCGCCAAGCAACUCAAAGACAACCAGAUGGUCAUGGCUGGCCACCGCGAGGCAUCGAUGUACAAGGAGCUGAAGCGCGUCAUUCCUACCGCCGCUGCCUUUGGCGGUGCGACGAUUGGUGCCCUGUCCGUCGCAGCCGACCUCAUGGGUGCUCUUGGCUCGGGCACCGGUAUCCUUCUCGCCGUCACCAUCAUCUACUCAUACUUUGAAAUCGGCAUGCGCGAGGGCGGUGGCUCAGAAAUGGCCGCCCUUGGCGACCUCAUGGGCUGAUGGCCUUUCAUUUCCGGUGGGACAAGGGGUGGUUAGCUGACUCGUUGUAGAAGGAGGGUAAACGAGUGCGAAAGUGGUGUGGGAGAAAAUAGCGGAGGAGAACAGAGAUGAACCUCGACAGAGC